GACGCCCACGACCCCCGUCUUCCCACCGCAGAUCCUCCUUCCUGCCACCAGCCAGCGAACACCAUGUCCGGCCAGCACACGCUCCCCGACCUCCCGUAUCCCUACGACGCGCUUGAGCCGUACAUCUCGCGCCAGAUCAUGGAGCUCCACCACAAGAAGCACCACCAGACGUACGUGAACGCGCUCAACGCGGCCGAGCAGGCAUAUGCCAAGACGAGCUCCCCGCGCGAACGCAUCGCGCUCCAGUCCGCGCUCAAGUUUAACGGCGGUGGGCACAUCAAUCACUCGCUUUUCUGGAAGAAUCUCGCGCCCUCGGCGUCCGAGAAGAAGGGCAACGGCGGCGUCCUCAAAGACGGUCCCUUCAAGACCGCGCUGCUCGAAACGUUCGGCACCUUUGACAAGUUCAAGAAGGAGUUCAACACCUUGACCGCGAGCAUCCAGGGCUCUGGCUGGGGCUGGCUCGGCCUGAACCCGCAGACCAAGCGCCUUGAGCUGACCACCACGGCGAACCAGGAUCCUCUCCUUACCCACAUCCCCAUCAUUGGUGUCGAUAUCUGGGAGCACGCCUUCUACCUCCAGUACCUCAAUGUCAAGGUCGACUACCUCAACGCUAUCUGGAAUGUCAUCAACUUUGACGAGGCUGAGGAGCGCUACCUCGCAGCCCUGAGCGGCAACGUCAAGCUCUAAGUUAUUCGUGAUGACGACCGAUCUGUGAUGUGCCGUCGGGAAGAGAGCGCCGAAAAGACAGAAUGAAGCGAAAACUCAAUUGUACUAUGAAAACUGCUAUGUACCGAUUCAUUCGCAAUG